AUGGCCGACGGUCUUGCAGGUCUUCGCAAUCGCCCAGUCCAUCUCCACGUCGUUAGGAAUCACCCGCCAAUUCGAAGUUCCUCAAGAUGCUUUGAGCACCAGCGAGAUCCUGCGCAUGCUGCAUGUGACCUGUGCUUGUCCAAGGUGGCCGCCCUGCUCUUUGUGAGAGGACUGACCCUGGAUACUAUCGACCUAAACCUCACCACGGGCUUGUGUAUUUUCGUCGGCGUCUGGGGUGUCGUGUCGGAAUUCGCCGUGGCGUUUCAGUGCCACCUCCCAAAGCCGUGGGACUACAUCCACAAUACCUGCUUCAAUCGCGUGGCGUGGUGGAACUUCUUCGGCGUGGUCAAUAUCCUGACUGAAGCGGUGCUUAUCAUCCAUCCGGUGGUCAUUGUGUCCCCGCUUCGCACAACCCUGGGGAAGAAGAUUGGGAUCGUAUCAUGUUUCGCUGGUCGAAUAAUUGUCGUGGUGGCUGUUAUUAUCCAGCUCGCCUACUUGAACCACGCCGCCCAUACCGGACAGUCGCUGCUCGAGAGCUGGCAGAAUGUCGUGUGCUCGGAAGUGGUGCAAUGUCUCAGCAUCGUCGGCACCUGCCUGCCGCAAUUCAAGCCCUUCCUCGAAAGUCUCCAGUCGAGCGGAAUGCGGCUGUAUGACAUACCGGGAACGACCAGGAAAUAUGGCUAUGGCUAUGGCACCCCGCGCGGGCUCAAUUCGCACAAGUCUCCGCAAGCCAGUCACCGCGGCGGCGGCACCAUCCACGAACUGAUAUCGGUCCCUCAGCGACUGGAAACGACCGUCACAGCAGGCGGGAAAGACAAAGAUUGGGAGGUCAGCAGUCAAUCGAGUUAUGCGAGAAUAAUUCGAGAAACUAAAACGUGGUCUGUGGCAGAAUACCCAGGACAGCCAGCCUCGCCGGGCGAGGAGUCCGUGAGAGUUUAG